AUGCCCAUUCACCUCCCAGAGUGUGUAGGUGGUGAGCUCCAAAACCAAACCCCCAGCUCCCCAUCCUUAACCAAACCCUCAACUCCCCAUACUCAACCAAACCCCCAACUCCCCAGCCUCAACCAAACCCCCAACUCCCCCUCCUCAACCAAACCCCCAACUCCCCAUCCUCAACCCAAAACCCCCAACCCCAUGCCUCAACCAACCCUCAACGCCCAGCCGAACCAAACCCCGAAAGCCCCAGACGCAAUCAAACCCCCAACCCCCAGCCUCAACCAAACCCCAAACUCCCCAUGCUCAACCAAACCCCCAACUACCCAGCCUCAACCAAACCCCCCAACUCCCCAUCCAACCAAACCCCAACUCCCCAGACUCAAUCAAACCCCCAACGCCCCAUACGCAAGCAAAACCCCCAACGCCCCAUCCGUCAACCAAACCCACAAACUCCCAUCCUUAACCAAACCCCCAACUCCCCAUACGCAAUCAAACCCAGCCCCCCAAAUCCAAAUCAAACCCCAAACGCCCCAUCCUCACAAACCCCCAAACCCCAGCCUCAACCAAACCACAACUCCCCAUACUCAAUCAAACCACCAGCUCACCCAUAAUCAAUCAAACCCCCAACUCCCAUCCUCAACAAACCCCCUAAAUCCCCAUCCUCAACCAAACCCCCAACUCCCACAUCCUCAACCAAACCCCCCAACUCCCAUCCUCAACCAAACCCCCAACUCCCCAUCCUCAACCAAACCCUCAACUCCCCAAUCCUUAACCAAACCCCUAAAUCCCAGCCUCAACCAUACCCCAGCUCCCCCAUACUCAAUCAAACCCCCAGCUCCCCAUCCUCAACCAAACCCCCCAACUCCCCAUCCUCAACCCAAACCCCCCAACUCCCCAUCCUGA